UUCUUUCUCGACAAGAUGGCCACCCCGGCGGUCUCCGCGAGUGCGCCUCCUGCCACCCCGGCCGCAACCCCGGCUGCAGCUGCCGCUCCAGCCUCCGCCCCGGCCGCGGCGCCAGCGCCAACGCCGGCUCCAGCGCCGGCUGCAGCUCCUGCCGCGGGAGCGGCUCCGGCCCCAGCCGCAGACCCUGCGGCGGCAGCGGCCACGGGUGCGGGCCAGACCCCGGCCUCCGCACAAGCCCCCGCGCAGACCUCGGCGCCCUCGCUGCCUGGUCCCGCGCUGCCGGGGCCCUUCCCCGGCGGCCGCGUGGUCAGGCUGCACCCCGUCAUUUUGGCCUCCAUCGUAGACAGUUACGAGAGACGCAACGAAGGCGCCGCCCGAGUGAUCGGGACCCUGCUGGGAACUGUUGACAAGCACUCGGUGGAGGUCACCAAUUGUUUCUCAGUGCCGCACAACGAGUCAGAAGAUGAAGUGGCUGUUGACAUGGAAUUUGCUAAGAACAUGUAUGAAUUGCACAAAAAAGUUUCUCCAAAUGAACUCAUCCUGGGCUGGUACGCUACAGGCCAUGACAUCACGGAGCACUCCGUGCUGAUCCACGAGUACUACAGCCGGGAGGCCCCCAACCCCAUUCACCUCACUGUGGAUACGAGUCUUCAGAAUGGCCGCAUGAGCAUCAAGGCCUACGUCAGCACUUCAAUGGGUGUCCCAGGGAGGACCAUGGGAGUGAUGUUCACACCUCUGACAGUGAAAUAUGCCUAUUAUGACACUGAACGCAUUGGAGUUGACCUGAUCAUGAAGACCUGUUUUAGCCCCAACCGGGUGAUUGGACUCUCGAGUGACUUGCAGCAAGUAGGAGGGGCCUCCGCCCGCAUCCAAGAUGCCCUGAGCACGGUGUUGCAGUACGCAGAGGAUGUGCUGUCUGGAAAGGUGUCAGCUGACAACACUGUGGGCCGCUUCUUGAUGAGCCUGGUUAACCAAGUGCCCAAAAUAGUUCCCGACGACUUUGAGACCAUGCUCAACAGCAACAUCAAUGACUUGCUGAUGGUGACCUACCUGGCCAAUCUCACACAGUCACAGAUCGCCCUCAAUGAGAAACUUGUAAACCUGUGAACAGGCCUCAAGCAGCACUCCUGCCAGUCUGGUGUCAGCCCUGGGACUCAGAAUGAAGUGGAGGAGAAGCGGUGUCUUGUGGUAUUGAGUCACCUGAGUCAGUCCACUGCUGGUGACUAAAUAAACAUAGCCUACCUUUUGUAAAUGAA